AUGCGGAACCACCAAGACCUUCAGUGCAUGGCCGUGCCAGAUAAAUACAAGCAACUCGGGGGGUUCCACAAGUACUACACUGGCGAGAAACUCGCUCCUCUUCUAACCAUCAUCAUCGGUGGCAACCAUGAAGCGUCCAACUACAUGUGGGAGCUCUAUCACGGCGGAUGGCUUGCUCCCAACAUGUACUACCUCGGCGCAGCUGGAUGUGUACGCGUGAACGAAAUCAGAAUUGCCGGCGCUUCGGGAAUAUUCAAGCCGACCGACUAUUCUCGCGGCUACUUUGAAACCCUCCCCUAUGAUCGGAGCACGCUUCGUAGUGUCUAUCAUAUUCGUGAACAUGCGUUCCGUAAAUUAUCUCUGCUGACUCCUCGGCCACAAGUCUUCCUAUCGCACGACUGGCCGCAGAAGAUCACAGAGCACGGUGAUUUACCUGGACUUCUCAAACGUAAAGGUUUCCUUGCAGAUGAUAUUAGAACAGGAAAGCUUGGAUCACCCCCUUUACUCAAUCUUCUCCGCACCCUUCAACCAGACUGGUGGUUUGCCGCGCAUUUACACACGCGUUUCGAAGCCCGCGUCGUCCACGAACAACCAGCCGAAGCUAUGAACGCUGUCAAGGAUGAGGCGUCGAUAUCAGCAUUGCCAACCAACCCAGACGAAAUCGCGCUUUCUGAUCUAGACGACGAAGUCAUUGCACCACCUAGAAACUUACCCCAACAUUCGACCAACUUCCUCGCGCUUGACAAAUGUGGUGGUAAUCGCCAACAUCUUGAGGUGGUUGAUAUCCCCACAUCAGCAAAGUAUGACCCACCUCGGCUGGCGUACGAUGCUGAAUGGCUGGCCAUCUCGCGUGCUAUGCAUCCAUUUUUUUCGCUAGAGCAAAGACAACGUGCUUAUCCCUCGGAAACUGCCGUUCGUGCUCUGGUUGCAGAUGCGCGGUCAUGGUUGGCAGAUCGUCAUGACGACAUUGAAGAUAUCGAAGUCGCCAAAAUACAACGAUUUGCCAUGACUGCACCGGGGCCAGGGCUGGAGGACACUAUGGGAGGGAAACGAAGUCAACCUCCAUGGUACACCAAUGCUCAAACCGUGAAUUUCUGCGAAUUUCUUGGUAUUCAAAAUUUAGUUAAUGCACCUCCACCGGUUGCCGAAUGA